AAUUACAGACAAUCGAUAACGACUUCUGGAGUUCAAUUUUCAUCGCCACCCAUUUAUUCGAAUCCGCAAUGCAGCAAUUGGUGCCGCCAUGGCUUGAAAAGCUCCUUGGUACGGCAUUCUUCUCGGUGUGCCGGACGCACGGUGCUGCCGCCAGAAGUGAAUGUAAUAUGUAUUGUUUGGAUUGCAAUGGGGACGCAUUUUGCUUCUAUUGCAGAUCUUCCCGCCAUAAAGAUCAUCAAGUUAUUCAGAUCAGGAGAUCAUCAUAUCACGAUGUUGUGAGGGUUUCUGAGAUCGAAAAAGUAUUGAAUAUCGGUGGAGUUCAAACAUACGUCAUAAACAGUGCAAGAGUUUUAUUUCUAAACGAAAGGCCGCAACCUAAAUCAGGAAAAGCGGUUUCUCACAUUUGUGAAAUUUGUGGAAGGAGUUUGUUGGAUGCGCUUCGAUUUUGUUCACUAGGCUGUAAGCUUGUAGGAAUAAAAAGAAAUGGAAACACAAGCUUUAUGUUAGAGGGGAUAUCAUCAUCAUCAACAAGAGUGAUAUCAUCAUCAUCAACAAGAAGAGGAGAAGAAGAAUUGCGUGAAGGCUCACAACAAGACAUUUACCCGCCCACACCUCCUCCACCUCCUUCAACUUCCUCCACUAGGAGGAGAAAGGGGAUUCCUCAUAGGGCACCUUUUGGAUCCUAA